AAAGAUUCGGAUAUUAUUUAAUUUUAAUUGAGAAAUUUUUUAAUAUAUGAACCAAACGUCAUAACUUUCAUAAGCUUUCACGUAUUUCCGUUAGAAUAGACACGGUACAAACAGGCAUGCUUCAUGAAUGGUUUAAGCCAACUAAAAAUGAACCAACAUUUCUUAGCAAUCCUGGAAAAAUGCAAUCGUCUCAACCAUCUGAAGCAACUCCAAUCCUUCAUCAUCACCCACGGCCAGUCCCAAACCCAAUUCUACAUCUUCAAGCUGCUUAUGCCUCUCACCCCAACUAUCAUACCUCUGCAUUUGCUCUUUAUCGUCACAUGCUUUGCAAGGGGAAGCCAACUCCCAACCAUUUUAUUUACCCUCAUGUCUUAAAAUCAGCUCCUGAGGUUUUGGAGUCCAAUGGCACAAAACUGGUUCAUACCCAGAUUUUUAAAUCGGGUUUUGGACAAUACCCAGUUGUUCAAACGGCUCUUGUUGAUUCGUAUUCGAGGACUGGUUCUUGCAUAGAGAUUGCAAGGGAUUUCUUUGAUGAAAUGUCUGAAAGGAAUGUUGUGUCUUGGACUGUUAUGGUUUCUGGGUAUAUGAGAGUAGGGGAUGUUGGAAAGGCUGUUUUGCUUUCUGAGAAGAUGCCUGAUAGGGAUGUUCCUUCUUGGAAUGCUGUUAUCGCAGGGUGCACACAGAAUGGAUUCUUUUCUGAGGCUAUUUCACUCUUGAGAAAGAUGGUAAUGGGGGGAAAAGAGGCAGUGAAUAGGCCUAAUCAGGUUACAGUUGUUUGCAGUCUAUCAGCUUGUGGAAACACUGGGAUGUUUCAGCUUGGUAAAUCAAUCCAUGGUUUUGUUUAUAGAAAUGGUAUUGGUAAUGAUUGUUUAGUAGCUAAUGCUUUGAUAGAUAUGUAUGGGAAAUGUGGGAGCUUAGAAACAGCAAGAAAGAUUUUUGAAAUGAGUUCCAAGAAAAACUUGACAUCUCGGAACUCUAUAAUCAAUUGUUUUGCACUACAUGGACAAAGUGACAAGGUAAUUAGUGUGUUUGAGGAGAUGAUCAAUUGCGGAGUUGAUGAUAUAAGACCUGAUGCGGUUACCUUUAUCAGUCUGUUGAAUGCUUGUACACAUGGAGGAUUGGUUGAAAAAGGUCGUGCUUAUUUUGAGUUGAUGACUAGUAGUUACAAUAUUGAACCUCGGAUUGAUCACUAUGGUUGUUUAAUCGAUCUUCUUGGUAGAGCAGGAAAGUUUGAAGAAGCAUUGGAAGUCAUUAACUGUAUGAAGAUGGAACCUGAUGAGGUUGUUUGGGGCUCAUUGCUAAAUGGGUGUAAAAUAUAUGGUCGCUCGGAUUUGGCAGAGCUUGCAGUAAAAAAACUGAUUGAAAUUGACCCAAACAAUGGUGGUUAUGGCAUCAUGUUGGCAAAUUUAUAUGGAGAGUUAGGGAAAUGGGAUGAUGUACGCAAGUUAAGGAAGAAGUUGAAGGAGCAGAAUGCUUAUAAGACACCGGGUUGCCGUUGGAUUGAGGUUGAUAGCGAAGUUCAUCAAUUCUAUUCUGUUGAUAAGACACAUCCUAGAACUGAUGAGAUAUACAAUAUCCUGGAAAGCAUGGUUGGUUUGUACUAAGCUCAUAUUGUUUUCACAGUUUUGCCAGCCUGGAACAUCGGCUUUACAGUCCAAAUCUUAUUUUUGACACAGUGCUUUUACGAACAAGAUUGUCACAGAUAUACCAGAAAACUUUUCUUAUAUUCUUUUAUUUUUGACAAACUUUGGCUCAUAUGCCAAGAAGCCUUCAAGGGAACGGGUUUAAUGGCAAUAUAUUUUACUGGAAUGGAAGCAAGAGCUUGCUUUAGCUGUGGCAGAACUUCAGUGGAACUUGUGAAACUGAAGGUUAUUUCCAUCAUGCCCCAAUGGAAUUUACAGGAAAGAAGAAGAAAAGUGCCGUACCAACUACUUUUAUAGAAGUACAAGAUGUGCAAAUCAGAACUGCUCGCUCUCUAGAGGUGCAAGGGGAAAUAGAUGAUUCCAAGUAGCUGAAUGACCCUGUUUUUUUUAAUAUACUUCUUUUUUUUCACAACUCAUACUCAUUGGGGUCAUUUGUUUUAUCGUCCUCUUCAUCACUUUGAACAUCAAGAUUAUCAACUUUUGUAUAAUAUCAUCAGUUUACGUAAUACGAGACU